GUUCAUUCAUAAAAAUUCAAUUUGACGUUUUGAGUUCUCAAGAAACACAAUCAAAAAUUGAAUUUCUCCUCAAGUUUAGUAUAUUAUAUUAAUAGUAAUAAAUAUUAUUAUUAUAUCAUAUAAGUUUGUGAAAUUAUAUAAGGAAAAUGCAUCCAAUAAAGAAAUAAAAAGUUUUUCUAGAAGUUAUUUUUUAUUCUUCGAGGGGUUGUUUUGUGUUACAGACCGAAGAUAAAGUUCAGUACCCAGCAUUUAUUGUUCUUGCCAUCGGCUCAUCUUCGGGUCGUUUCCGGCAAGUCUUCGACUCGCAUCUGGCUCGUACAGAAAUCUUCACACUCUUGUGAAACUUCCUACUUUCCGCACUAGUAGCACAAUAUACUUUUUUCUUGACAAAUCAAUUUUUUUCACUUUUCAGUGGACUUGGAAUAUUUGUUGAGGGAAUUUUACACUUCGGUCUGAUCCUUUAUGGAAAUUUUAAGUCAACGAUCAUGUCAAUCACGCAGACAAUGAUAAACGAAGAUAUAUAUGCUGGAUAUAAUGAUUACUCCCCGCUGUACAGCACAAAAGAUUUUUACCAAGAUGAAGUAAUUCAAGAAGCACUUAAAACUAGUCAUUCCAAGAGGUCAAUUAUGACACCAAAAACACCCGGCACAGCCAUGCGGUUUGGUACGGCUUCCGGUUUUCACAGAGGAACUACAUCCGGGCGGUUAGAUACAGGAGGUCCUCGUCCUAUGACUGCAGUUCGAGGUGCUGGAUACACCAGUAGCAGUCGACAACCUUUCGAUCCUCUUAAUAUGGGAAGUAGUUCCAGAGGACCUGCCCCACCAUUAGAAUCAGACAAAGAAAAUACGCCGGAAGAGAAAAUAAAAACAGCCGAACGACGAAUAAUGGAAUUGAUAGAAAGUUCGGCUGAAGCGGCAUGUGAGAAGAAUAUGACUGUUGCUUUGGAAAGAGCGCGAGAGGCUUCUUCUAGAGAACGCGCUCUUAUCAGACUGCAGGAACAAGCUGGACUCAGCGACAAUCACAACUUAGACUUAACAUUUGCGGUCCUUUUUAAUUUAGCAAGUCAAUAUGCAAACAAUGAAUUAUAUACAGAAGCCGUAGCAACCUAUCAAGCAAUCACAAGAAAUAAAAUGUUUAGCAACAGUGCUAGAUUAAAAGUUAACAUGGGAAACAUUUAUUUCAAAAUGGGACAGCUGCCACAAGCAAUUAAAAUGUAUAGGAUGGCUUUAGAUCAGGCACCUACAGCCUACAAAGAUUUGAGAAUAAAGAUAAUGCAUAACAUUGGGAUGUUGUUCGUGCAAAUGGGACGCUUAGAAGACGCGGCUACCAGUUUUGAGUGGGUUAUGAGGGAAAGACCAGAAUUCAAAGCGGGUUUGCAUGCCGUUUUAUGUCAUUUUGCAUUAUCUCAUCGUGAUAAAAUGAAAAGAGGAUUUUUAGAACUACUAGAAGUUCAGCUUAAUAUUGAUGAGGAGGACAAAUACAGCAUAAGUACAGAUGACCUCGCUGCGAACAUGUUGAAUGAAGUUAUGAAAAAUGAUGAUCUAUCCAAACUGGAAGAAGAACUUAAACUUGAAGCAGAAAAGAGUAUUCUUAAUGCAGCUAAUCUCAUUGCUCCUGUAAUUGAAGAUACACUUACAGCUGGGUUUGCUUGGUGUGUCGAUGCUAUCAAAUCUUCAGCUUACAGCACCCUUGCUGCAGAUUUGGAAAUCAACAAAGCGAUGGUCUUCCUCCACAAUCGCGAAACGCAGUUAGCCAUUGACACAUUGAAAGUUUUUGAAAAUCGAGAUUCUAAGGUUGUCAGCUCUGCAUCAACUAUGCUCUCAUUCAUAUAUUACCUUCAAGGGGAUUACGACCAAGCCGAAAAAUGCGGUGAAUCAGCUCGGAAGGCGGAUAGUUACAAUGCAGCAGCAUACGUUAAUUUAUCUGCAUGUGCGAUAAAAAAAGGCGAACUCGAGAGAGCUAGAGAAUUACUGCUUUGUGCUUUGGAUAGCGACGCAAGUCAUGUACAGGCACUCUAUAAUCUCGGUUUAGUAUACAAAAAGCAAAAUAUGCAUGAAGAAGCGUUGGAAUGCUUCUGGAAAUUGAGAACUAUCGUACACUAUGAUCCGCAAACGCUCUAUCAAAUUGGUCAUUUGUAUCAGCUUCUGAAUGAUGUUGACCAAGCAGCUGAAUGGUAUAAUCAAUUGUUGGGUAUAAUUCCAUCGGAUCCUGGAGUUUUACAAAAGUUAGGUGAAAUGUACGAUACAAUAGACGAUAAACAACAAGCUUAUCAAUUUUACAGUGAUUCUUACAGAUUUUAUCCUGCGAAUUUCGAGGUCAUCGAUUGGCUUGGGUCUUACUUUAUAUCAAUGCAGGUGGCUGAAAAAGCAAUGAUAUAUUUUGAAAGAGCAAUCGAACUUGCCCCCGACGAACCGAGAUGGCGACUGCUCGUGGCGGCUUGUUUAAGAAGGACUGGUCAAUUUCAUAAAGCUUUGACUGAAUAUCAAAAUAUUCACCAAAUUUUUCCAGAAAAUGUUGAGUGUCUUAAAUUUCUGGUGCGUCUUUGCAGUGAUUUGGGUUUAAAAGAAGCUCAGAUGUAUGCAUCGGAAUUAAAGAAAGUAGAAAGAGCGAAAGAAGCGAAAGAGCGACAUAGUUCUGGAAGACCGGGAACAACAAGUUCGAAACGGAGUAAUAGUGGAAAUUCAUCAAGAGGAGGUUCCGGGAUGAGCACUUUAUCAGAACAUCGAGCAAGUCCUGCAUUAAGUCGAGGCGAUCAUGGAAUUAAUAGUGCAGGAAUUAACAAACCAAUCCAUGUUAAUUCUAACGCACACAUAAAUACGAGCUAUUCAGAUCCAAUUGGUGCAUUGCCUGCUCGUCCGAUGACUGCUGCAGGAAAACGUGAUGACGAUUUUGGAGAUGAAGAACUUGGCGACGACCUGCUGCCUGAAUAACAUAUAUCUUCAUUGUUUAUUAUUCACCUCCACUUAUCAUCGAUAAAUAAUAAUUUGUUAUAUUAUUUUAUCGUUAGCCUUACUGAUUGCGAGUCUAGGUGACUAUACAAUAUUAUGAAAUUCAAAGUUGCAUUAUCUCAUCCCGCGUAAUUUAUCUUCCGUGUACUGAUGGUAACAACAACAAUACUAACGGAACCUGGUAACCAAUUAUCAUAGCGUAUUUGUU